CGAAAAGUGAAAGAAAUAAUGGGAAGACAACCUUGCUGUGAUAAGCUGAGCGUUAAGAAAGGUCCAUGGACGGCUGAGGAAGACAAGAAGCUCAUCAAUUUCAUCCUCACCAAUGGCCAGUGCUGUUGGCGUGCUGUUCCUAAGCUCGCCGGCCUCCUUCGCUGCGGCAAAAGCUGCCGCCUUCGCUGGACUAAUUAUCUCCGACCUGACCUCAAGAGAGGCCUUCUUAAUGAUGCUGAAGAACAAUUGGUCAUCGACCUCCAUGCCCGUCUUGGAAAUAGGUGGUCGAAGAUUGCUGCGAGAUUACCGGGAAGAACUGAUAAUGAGAUUAAGAAUCACUGGAACACCCACAUCAAGAAAAAGCUGACUAAGAUGGGAAUUGAUCCAGUAACACAUGAACCCAUCAAUAAACCAUGCACCACUACUACUAGGGCGUUUAAUAGCUCAAAGCAGACACCUUCUGUGGUGGUGGAUCAUCAGCCAGAGCCGGCGAAAACUGAAGAAAGUCAAGUAAGUUCCGAGGAGAAUUCUAGCUCAUCACAACCAGAAAAUUGUUCAGGAGCUGAAUCUAAUAACAGGGAUGAUGAUGACCCAUUAAUGAAUUUUCUAUUGGAGAAAGAUAUACCAUUUUUUGAUGAUGCAUUAUCGUGGGAUUUUCCGGCAACGCCGUCUGCCGGAAACUCAAUUAACAAUGUCUCCUUGUCGUCGUGGGAGGAGAAUUGUGCAUGGUUGUUGGACUGUCAGGACUUUGGGGUUGAAGAGUUUGGUUUUGGUUGUUUCAACGACGUAGACAUGGGGAUGGACAUGAACAUGAACAUGAACAUGACAACAAGUUCUAACAUGCACCUCCUGGAGUGACAAUUCGUACCAU